CAGGGCCCGGCGGCUCCGCAGCUUCGUCGGCGCCCCCGGCCGCUACCGCUCAGGUGCUGCAGGCACAGCCCGAGAAACCGCAGCACUACACCUAUGUUAGAUACUAAAGAAGGCUUCCCCACAAUCCAUAUGCAUCUGCUUUGACUGGUGGUUUCUAUCAACCUACAAAGACUGUGGCUUAUUGUGAGGGCAGCUGGACAACUCUGAGAGCAACUUAGAGAAAUCCAUCUUGGGCACACUCUAUAAAGGAGCUCCUUCUCUGCAAAUAGCACCCCAGAUAAGUGCACAAAAGCAAGACACCCUCGUGGACCUACUUCCUCCCGCUUUCAACACCCUGAUGCCUGAAGCUGUGCUUGAUACUAAAGGAGGUUUUCCCACAUAUGCAUCUUCUAUAUUUUGAAAUUACAACUAUGGACAGUUAUGGCUAAUCAUAGUAGAUUGUCUUCCCUUCUUUUAACACCUUGGAUGAAUUUUGGGGCACACUAAUGUGUUAUGUGAAGAUGGAUGUUGAAUAUACUCUAUAGAUUCACCCCAGCCAGCCAUCUUAAAAUACCUGCAUGGGCAACAGAGAGAUCUACGGAGAAAGUUUGGGUAAAAUCAUUGCAUAUGAAAAUAGGUACCUGAAGGAAUUCCGCACUGAGCAGUGCCCGCUCUUUGUGCAACACAAAUGUACUCAGCAUCGGCCCUACACCUGCUUCCACUGGCAUUUCGUGAACCAGCGACGCCGCCGGUCCAUCCGCCGUCGGGACGGCACCUUCAACUACAGCCCCGACGUCUACUGCACCAAGUACGACGAGGCCACAGGCCUCUGCCCGGAGGGCGACGAGUGCCCAUUCCUGCACAGGACCACAGGGGACACUGAGCGCAGGUACCACCUGCGCUACUAUAAGACUGGAAUCUGCAUCCACGAGACAGACUCAAAAGGCAACUGCACCAAAAACGGCCUGCACUGCGCUUUUGCUCAUGGGCCCCAUGACCUCCGCUCCCCUGUCUACGACAUCAGGGAGCUCCAGGCAAUGGAGGCCUUGCAGAACGGCCAGACCACAGUAGAGGGCAGCAUAGAGGGCCAGUCAGCUGGGGCCGCAAGCCACGCCAUGAUAGAAAAAAUCCUCAGUGAGGAGCCACGGUGGCAAGAGACCGCUUAUGUGCUGGGGAACUAUAAGACGGAGCCGUGCAAGAAGCCCCCACGGCUGUGCCGCCAGGGUUAUGCCUGUCCCUACUACCACAACAGCAAGGACCGGCGGCGGAGUCCCCGGAAACACAAAUACAGGUCCUCUCCAUGUCCGAACGUAAAACACGGGGACGAAUGGGGUGACCCUGGCAAGUGUGAGAACGGAGACUCCUGCCAAUACUGCCACACCCGCACAGAGCAGCAGUUCCACCCGGAGAUCUAUAAAUCUACCAAGUGCAACGACAUGCAGCAGUCGGGCAGCUGUCCCCGAGGACCCUUCUGCGCCUUCGCCCACGUAGACCAGCCACCCCUCAGUGACGACCUGCAACCUUCCUCAGCUGUGUCCAGCCCCACCCAGCCAGGUCCCGUCUUGUACAUGCCAUCUGCUGCCGGAGACUCGGUGCCCGUGAGCCCUUCCAGCCCGCAUGCCCCUGACCUCAGUGCACUCCUCUGUAGAAACAGCAGCCUCGGCAGCCCAUCUAACCUCUGCGGCUCCCCACCGGGCUCCAUCCGGAAGCCCCCGAGUCUGGAAGGCAUUGUCUUUCCUGGGGAGCCUGGCCUCGCCCCUGGCAGUUACAAGAAGGCUCCUGGCUUCGAGAGGGAAGACCAGGUGGGAGCUGAGUACCUGAAAACUUUGAAGUGCCAGGCCAAGUUAAAACCCCACUCACUAGAGCCCAGGAGUCAAGAGCAGCCUCUGCUUCAACCCAAACAGGACGUGCUGGGCAUCCUCCCUGUGGGCAGCCCUCUGACCUCAAGCAUCUCUUCUAGUAUCACCUCCAGCCUAGCAGCUACUCCCCCUAGCCCCGCCGGCACCAGCAGUGUUCCUGGCAUGAAUGCAAAUGCUCUACCCUUCUACCCCACCAGCGACACGGUAGAGUCGGUCAUAGAGUCUGCCCUGGAUGACCUGGACCUGAACGAGUUUGGGGUAGCUGCCCUGGAGAAGACUUUCGACACCAGCACGGUGCCCCACCCCGGCAGCAUCACAAUCGGCGGCAGCUUGCUGCAGAGCUCCGCACCCGUGAGCAUCCCAGGCUCCUUGAGCAGCUCCGCUUCCUUCCACUCGGCGUCCCCCUCCCCUCCUGUCAGCCUCUCCUCGCAUUUCCUGCAGCAGCCCCAGGGCCACCUGAGCCAGUCAGAAAACACGUUUUUGGGGACCUCAGCAUCACAUGGAUCUUUGGGUCUGAAUGGGAUGAAUAGCAGCAUCUGGGAGCAUUUUGCCUCUGGAAGCUUCUCCCCGGGCACUUCCCCUGCCUUCCUGUCAGGGCCCGGGGCUGCCGAGCUGGCCCGGCUUCGGCAAGAGCUAGAUGACGCCAACGGCACCAUCAAGCAGUGGGAGGAGUCCUGGAAGCAGGCAAAACAGCAUCAGCCCUCCUCCCUGCCCCGCUUCCCAGACACCUGGCCCAGCUCCCCAGCAGGCCCCGCAGCCACAGUGGCCCACACGGGCUCCCAGAGGUGCGCUCCCGGGCUGGGGGCCGUCGUGACACGGCGCUGCGUGUUGGGCCCACAGGCUUGUGACGCCUGGAAGAAGGAGGCAGAGGAGGCCGGGGAGCGGGCCAGCGCGGCAGGCGCUGAGUGCGAGCUGGCCCGGGAGCAGCGCGAUGCACUGGAGGUGCAGGUGAAGAAACUACAGGAGGAGCUGGAGCGGCUGCACUCGGGCCCUGACCCGCAGGCCCUGCCCACCUUCCCCGACCUGGAAGCCCUCUCACUCUCCACCCUCUACUCUCUCCAGAAGCAGCUGCGGGCUCACUUGGAGCAAGUGGACAAGGCCGUGUUCCACAUGCAGUCGGUGAAAUGCCUUAAGUGUCAGGAGCAGAACCGAGCGGUGCUGCCGUGCCAACACGCCGUGCUGUGUGAGCUCUGUGCCGAGGGCAGUGAGUGCCCCGUCUGCCAGCCAGGCCGGGCCCAUGCCCUCCAGUCGUGACCCUGCAGACCUGGCCCCGGCCUGGCUCAGAUCUCCUCCCCUAGGACUUUUUAAAGUAUAUAUAUAUGUAUGUAUGUAUGUAUGUAUGUAUGUAUGUAUGUAUAUGUAUAUGAUUAUGUAUAUGUAUACAUUUCUGUAUGUGUGUAGGUGUGCGUGGGCGGCCAGUGUGUGAACAGUGUCUGUGUGUAUAUCUAUACAUAGAUAUAGACACACACUUUAAAACAGACUUACCAAGCACUUUUUAAAAGAAAAAACUAUUUUGCAGUCCUCCCGCUGCCCGCUCCCUACCUUUCCCACUGCAGAGACAAAGUCCCCUCUUCUCCCACCAGCCUUUUGGCAGGGAAUCUGUUUCAGCCUCUUUUUUAUGUAGGAACUAACUGUUUUUAACUUCUUCCUGGGGCCUGAGCAGGGAAGGGUGGAAAGCUAGAAGGGGCCGAGGGGAGGGGACAAGCCUUCAGGGCAGGCCCUGUUCACCCCACUUCCCCAGGCCAGGGCGAGAGCCAGGGGUGUGGAGGACCUGGGCCCAGACCUGGUUCCCAGCUGUGAGGCUUGAGAGCGGGGCAUCCAAGCCCACCUAGCUCUAGGGUUACCCAGCGUGUGUUUAGUCCAGGCUGGCGGGCCAAAGCCGUGGGGCCAGCCCCACUCCCAACCCUGGGCCCUUGCAGCUCCUCGAGGGGCAAAGCCCAGGCCUUUUAUCCCUCAGGUACCUGAGGCCGGGGGUCUACCCCAGUCCUCCCCCCACCCCCGGGCUCCUAGAGCAGCCUCCCUGGCCCCAGGGCGACCUACCAGGCUGGCACUGCCCUCUCCAUCACCCCCCAGCUGCCCUCAGCCGUCUCCCCUCGUGCACAGCCCUCCGUGCUGUCCACCCCUCCCUCUGGCAGCUAGCAGGGCAACAGGUGGGGAGAAGCUGCGGACUGUGAGGACCAAGGUGGGGCCCAGGCCCCGCCCUCCUCCCCAGGAGGGGCUCCGUAUGCAUUCCUUGGUGCUCUCUGAGUGCAGCUGACGUCCUGCCCGUUUGGAGCAGACGCCUGUGUGCAUGUGUGUGCGUGCCUGUCCAAUGUAUAUUGUGUCUUAGCUUCCAUUUUUAAAAUUGUCCUGUACAGAGAGAUGCAGCAGGGGGUGGGAGGGCAGAGUGGACAGAGGGAAGCCACCCCACUCCCAGCACUGGGGGUCUGGGGUGGGAGCAAGAGGGCUGCAAAGGGUCUGGCCCGGCCCAGGCGCCCCCUUGGGCUCAGCACGAAAGGGCUUUCAACGAAUUAAGUGAAAACUUUUUUACAAAAACGCAAAAAUCAAAGCUCCAAACGUAUUGGAAAUAAAAUAUGAACUUGC